AUGACUCCUCUUUUUGCUUUGUUGCUACUUUUCCUGAGCGCUGCGGAGCCCCGACAUGUCGGUCCUGGUUACACAGUGCUGAGGACUCAGAAGAGGGACGGGGCUGCAGGUGCACUGACCAAGGGGACCGGGGAGUCAGACUCAGGGGUGAAUCUGAAUCAGAUUGGAGGUGAUAUGGGAUAUAUAGAACCCCUGAUGCAUGAAUCAGACGCUAACCAAAAGAGAAUCCCCCGGGGCGCCAAGGAUGGGAGCUCGAGGAAACGGGACCAGCAGUCUCCCCACAGCUACCAACACCCCAGACCGUAUGAACCGGAAGGCUACUUCACCACGCCCAAGGGCCCACACCUGGCCAACAGCACCUCGGACAGGGACGGCAGAUCCCGGGGAAACUCUUCCAAGAGCUCGGUGCUGCUCCACAACCCGCUCUACCCGGUAACCGACAGCUCAUACGGGGCUUACGCAGUGAUGCUACUCGCCCUCAUCCUAUUCGCCAUGGGCAUCGUUGGUAACCUCGCGCUCAUGUGUAUCGUUUGGCACAAUUAUUACCUGAAGAGCGCGUGGAACUGCAUCCUAGCCAGCCUGGCAUUCUGGGACUUCCUCGUGCUCUUUUUCUGUCUGCCCGUGGUCGUCUUCAACGAGCUCACCAAGAGACGGUUGCUAGGGGACCUGUCCUGUCGGAUCGUGCCCUACAUGGAGGUAAAAAGUUCACAUUGAACGUCCACGCACGUGAGGACAUUUCGGCCGUGUGCAUUAACAAGCCAAAGAGAUGCACCUGUUGCGUCACGCGCAGGUGUCCCGUUAUUUCUGCAUCACACCUCUAGCUUUCCUCGUUCUCCCAUUAUUUAAUAGUAGGCCAGUCAUACACACAAGUUAUCAUACUUUGUAAUUCAUAAAAAGGAUUAUACCUACACAUAUAGGGACGACAGGAUGGUGGUUAUAACCUACUAUUCAUAUAUUUUUUAAUAUCCUCCCUGUGUGAGUGCACUGGGGACUCUGCCAUUAGGGCUGGAAUAGUGCACUUGCAGGGUUGAUGGUGCAAGCCCUGCUCUGGCUGUUCCCUUAGUCUGGGUAUUUCCAAUAUAUUUCAGACUAAAUCUGUACUUAAAUCACUAUGAUGUGUGUGUUUUAUAGUUGUAAUUACACUAUGUGCACCACCGUGUAUAUAGCUGUCUUCAUACCGCCCCAGUCUGCCAGCCGCCUCUGUGUUAUGGUAGUUCGCCUACUGUUAUGCUAACGAGCGCAUCACGUUAACUCUGUGUUAUGGUAGUUCGCCAAUUGUUAUGCUAACGAGCGCCUCACAUUAAUUGUCUGGCGGGUGUGUGUAAUUAAUUGAGGUUCUUAGGAACUCUUAUCGAGGAGGGGAUCUGGGUCAGACAGACCGUUCUAAUGCUAGUCUAUAUGCUCUUUUCAAUCUGCCUGAAUAGGUUAAUUUGCAUAUUCCUAGGGGGCAUUUAUUUGGAGCAGUAGUGUUUCCCAAAGUUUUUUUCUUGAGCAUUUUCUAUUGAAACCAGAGUCACUCAAUCCCAUUCCUUCUCCUUCUCUCCUUUCCCCUGUCCGCUUCUUUUCUGUCCUUCUUUGCCCUCACCUGUCUCGCCCAUCUUCCCUCUCUGCCUUCUUCCCCUCCCUUUCUCCCCCUCUCCCUCCAGGUGACCUCUCUGGGAGUAGCUACAUUCAGCCUGUGUGCGUUGAGCAUCGACCGGUUCCACGCAGCGACCAGCCCCCAGCCCCAGGCCCCGCGGGUGGAGCCCUGCCAGUCCAUCCUGGCCAAGCUGUCUGUGGUCUGGAUCGGCUCCAUGGUCCUGGCUGCUCCAGAGCUGCUGCUGUGGCAGCUCACCCAGGAGGUCUCCGUCCAGCCAGGGGGCUAUGUGGUGGACCUGUGUGUCCGGAGGCCCUCCCUGAGCCUGCCUGAGUCGGUCUACUCCCUGGUGCUGACCUACCACGAGGCCCACAUGUGGUGGUACUUCGGCUGCUACUUCUGCCUGCCGCUCCUCUUCACCCUCGCCUGCCAGCUGGUGACAAGACACGUUGUCGCUGAGGAGGCACGGACGAAACAGGGGAGCAGCACAGUAGUAGGAGGAAAAGGAGUACGCCCUUCCUCCUCUUUCUCUUCGUCGUCCUCCUCCUCCUCUCCCAAGAAGCAGCAGCUGAAGAGAGACCGUAGGUUGAGUUCUACAGUCGUGGCGUUGGCCAUCGUUUAUGCCGUGUGUAACCUGCCCGAGAACGUCUGUAACAUCGCUCUGGCCUAUGUCGCCAACCCCGUCUCCACGACGACUGAGGCCCUGCUGGCUCUGAUUGGCCAGUUCCUGUUGUUUGUCCGUUGCUCGGCGACGCCGGUGUUGUUCCUGUGUCUGUGUCGUUCUCUGGGCCAAGCCUUCAUGGACUGUUGCUGUUGUUGCUGUGAGGAGUGUCUACCCAAUGGAGCCUCUUCAUCAUCAUCAUCCUCCACUACCGCCACCACAGUCUCCACCUACCCCUCCUCCCUUUCAUCCCCAUCAUCACUCUCUCCAUCCUCCACCAAGGAGGAGAAGCUGAAGAUUGUGUCUGGAACCAUACCAGCCAUCUUCUAUGACAAGGCCAAAGACAGCUCCUCUCUCAUGGCCAUCGGAACACCCUGCUGA